AUGAACAAAGGCAUGCAGGUGCGGACACGGUCACCAAAUGACAAUAGCCAGAACUUCAGAGUUAAAAUACAGUUGGUCCCAGACCUCAGCCUCUCCCACCGUCGGGGCACGGUGGUCGUGGAGCGCUGGUGGAAGGUGCCGCUGGCCGGGGAGGGUUGCAAGCCGCGUCUGCACCGGCGACACCGCGUCUACAAGCUGGUGGAGGACACGAAACACCGGCCCAAGGAGAACCUGGAGCUCAUCCUCACACGGUCUGUGGAGAAACUUGGAGUCCGCGGUGACCUGGUUUCAAUCAGCAAGUCUUUGGGUCGCAAUCGGCUCCUUCCCCAAGGACUCGCUGUGUACGCAUCCCCUGAAAACCGAAAGCUGUUCGAAGAAGAGAAAUUGCUGAGACAAGAAGGAAAAUUAGAGAGGAUCCAGACUAAGGCAGGCGAGGCGACAGUGAAAUUUUUGAGAAACUGUCACUUGGAGGUAGGAAUGAAGAACAAUGUCAAAUGGGAGCUGAAUUCUGAAAUAGUCGCCCGCCACUUCCUUAAGAAUCUUGGUGUCGUGGUUGCCCCUCAUGCAUUGAAACUACCAGAGGAGCCUAUCACACGGUCGGGCGAGUACUGGUGUGAGGUGACGGUCAAUGGGCUUGACACCGUGAGAGUUCCUAUGUCUGUGGUGAACUUUGAAAAGCCCAGGACCAAAAGAUAUAAGUUCUGGUUGGCCCAACAAGCUGCCAAGGGCCUGACCUCCACCAGUUCCCAGACUGUCUGAACCUACUCUCCCUGCAAGACUGAAAAGCAGAAUCAGUAGCAGUGAAACAAAAAGGGGCCAGUACCCUGAUCGCACUCCCAUACCUGACCAAAUAUGGAAUUUUAGAGAACAUUUGGACUCAUCGGACUGAACAGUAUAUACAUGUUGAAUUCUCCAUUUUCACCGUCUCCAUCAUAUCCAGCUCCAUCGGAGCACUUUUGCCAAAGAAGUACUAGGCUGUUGAUUUGAUAAACUGGAUACCAGUGGAUUGAAACAGUUUAGAUUCUAUUUAGUCUUUUCUUUUAUUGGAGUUGAUUGAAACAAAUGGAAGAGUUAGCCAUUGUCUUUAAUUUCAUCAUCCAAACUGAAUAUUUGUAUCUCAAGCAGAAAUAAAAUGUGCAUUCUUGAUAGGUAUAAUGGCACACACCUGUAAUCCCAAUGAUUUGGGAGACUGAGGCAAGAGGAUCAGAAGUUCAAGACCAGCUUGGGCAUCCUUGUUUCAAAAAAUAAAAAGAUCUGAGGUGUAGCUCAAUAGGAGAGUGCUGCUGGGUUCAAUUCCCAAUAUCACACACUUGAAUAAAGGAGGUGUGGUUUUUUGGUUUGUUUUUUGUUUUAACUGGACUUGAGUACACUGGGGAUAAGACAUCCAAGUGGAAUAUGUUCUUGAGCACUGAGGUUUGCUGCCCCCCAAAAAAAGGAGAGAAUAUAUCAGCUUGCUAUAUUCCAUAGUUGCUCUGAGCAAAUUACUCUGAAUAAACUGAUAUGUCUUUAG